AUGCAUAGCCUCCAAGAGCGCUGGCCCGCGGUGCAUUGUGGGUGGCUCUAUCCGCUCGCCUUUGUAAUCUCGCCUGCCGACCCACCAGUCCCGGUGGCCCCUCCACCACCCCACCACCAGCCGCCUGAGGUCCACCUGCACCUGGACGGGGUAAGCAAGGGCCGAACACCUGCUGCAGCACUGCAACAGGCCGCCGUCUCCAAGCUCCAGCAGCUACUGGCAGGGCGGCUCCAGGUCUUCACUAACGGAUCCGUCAUGCCAGACGGUUCAGCGGCGGCCGCCUGCGUCUUCCCGUCCCGGGCCAUCAGCAGGCAGUGCCGACUGCCCUUCCCGGCGAGCUUGACGGCUGCGGAGCUGGCAGGGCUACACCUGGUGGCGGACCUGCUGGCCGAGGACGUUCCCGCUCAACCGGUCGCAGUCCUCUGUGACAGCAAGGCAGCCCUGCAGACACUGGCCAACAAUCGCCGUGCCAGGCUCACGGGGAGUCUCCUGGCAACCAAGUACCGGGCCCUAGCAGCAGCCGGGACGUCCGUCUCCUUCCACUGGCUGCCCUCUCACGUGGGCAUAGCUGGAAACGAGGAGGCGGACACGCUGGCCAAGGCAGCACAUCAGCUGGGAACCCCCAUCACCCAAGCCGUGGCGGUGAGAGACUACUCGCAGGCCCGUAUCAAGAAGCUCCUCGCCUCAGUCCACCCAGACCAGAGGGUGGCCAAUGGACGAGACCCAGGCGUCUUCCUGAGGCAGGCCUAA